AAGAAAUCUUCUUAACAAAGAAAUGAUUUAUUUAAGAUGUUGGGUUGCUCCUGUCCUGGCUGAUAAGGCCUUGUUGUAAGAGUCAGUGCAUGUGACGUGAUGUAUUUCACACCAUCUCUGUAUUUGCAUAUGUUGAAAUCAAACAUGAGGCCAUUAAUAUCAGACGCCCCUAGCCAGGUUUUGGAGUGGCUUCAUAUAAACAUCAUGCUUCCUCACGACCGUUCGAUAAUGUUUUUUCUCCGACUGUGGCUAUGAAAUACCACUGAGGCUACUCACAGUUGUUUCUGACAAUGUACUCGACUCACAUGCAGUGUAGUGCCUCCAGCGUUUUAUUGCAUUGUAGCUGUAACGCACUUUGAAUUGCCUUGUGUACGAAUUGUGCUCUAUAGAUAAACAUGCCUUGCCUUGCAGGGCUUUGUUCCCUUACAUCAGUGUUACACAUCUCUAAGAAAAAUAAUAUUAAAGUCGCUUUAAAUGGCUUUUAAUAGUAAACAUUGAGGUUGCAGGUUAGUAAGACCAACUAGUACCCAAAACCUUUUGCUUUUGGAUUCAAAGAGUCUUGUCUUUUUGUUGAGAGAAUCUGAAAUGAGGAAUGCAAAUAUCAACGUUUUCCAUGUAGAUUUUUAGGUGCUCCAUGGGGUUGUCAUUCAUAGACAUGCACAUACAGCACUUUCAAUGGUAUUCAAACCAUUUUAAUUCACAAGGAGCCUCUCAAACUACUUUAGCAAUAUAUUGAAAAACAAUAUUUAAUUUACUGAAGCUGGUGUUUUCUACCAUUAAAAGGUAUCCUGUGGAACUUUUGUACGCUAGCGAUGCCACAAAACAUGUUUUUGAUGAUUGGCUCCCCGUUGAGUUUGGGAUCGAGCACACUGAUAGUUUGACGACAUUUAAUUAUUUACUUCAGACAAGAUGUACAGGACAGACCUCCCUGGUUCUAUGGAGGAACAUGAGAAUAACUGCAUUUUGGAGAUACACAGUGAUCUCAUGAGCAACAGGGUGGCUGUAUGAUGUGGCCGUUGCUCAUCAGAACAUACAGCAGGGUCAGCGUGACAGAGCCUCCCUGCAUUGUGGUCACGUGUCACUGAUGGAGAUGCCUCUAAAGAUCCUCCUGACAGACUCAUUACACUUUAAUGGAUUUUCAGCUAACCGCCCAUCAGGGUGAGUGACCGUGCGGGUCUUGGUGCUGUCAAUUCACAGGAUAGUCUGGCGCACAAGGAUUCACAUGUAUCAACAGAAUCAAACCAGCUGUUUCUUACCUUUUCUAUUCAUACAGGAAAUUGUUCGGCACCACUGUUUUCUAGCAAGAAGAGAGCGUACAAAGGUCGUUGAGAUUUAAUGGCAAAUGCAGGACCAGUUCAAGCACCUGCUUGGACAUACUGUGCAGAAUGGAUGGAAACUGGGAACAUUUAAGAUGUGACCUUGAGUCUCUCUUUCCACCAUCGGCCAUGAUGGAUGCUGGUCCAAUGGCAGUUAGUCUACAGCGACUGUUGUCACAGAAAGACGACACAGAGGUGAAGGAUGGGAAUACAGCACCUGACCCUCCCGUUGUCUGCGAAGGGAAAGAUUCCUUCAUGUGUUCACUCGCUCUUGGCGCUGCAACAAACUUUGUCACCGUGGUAACCAUCAGCAUCUUCUCCGACAUUGCUCCGCCUGUUCUCCUCAGGAUUCCUGACCGACCUGUGAGACAGAGUCCUCCAGUCAACCUGUCACACAUUCAGACCAUUGAGGCCGAACUGAUUGUACACUGGGACGACCCGCCAGACUCUGAUAUCGGUCCGCUGAGAUACGAAGUUCGACACUCUCCCAACACCGCUCAUCCAGCAUGGCAGGUGGUGUCUGUGCCUGCAGAGCCCAGGUUGUCUCUUGAGCUGAAGCCCAGACUAAACUACACCAUCCAGGUUCGCUGCUCUGGCCUAGACAAGCCUCCAGUGUGGAGCGACUGGAGUGAACCUCACCACAUCUACCUGAACUUGGUGAGCUACAUCCCUGAGAAAGUGGUGGCGCGACCAGGAGACAACGUCACAGUGUAUUGUGUGUUCAACGACCGCAGCAUCAACGCCAGCACGGCCAUGUGGAAGCUCAACUUCCAACGGCUUGAUCGCAGUCAGUACCACCCAGUCAACCAGUGGGUCAGCCAGAUCACAGUACGUCCUUCUGAGACUCAGAUGUAUGACCUGCUGCAGUGCACUCAGGAGUGGACCGGCCCAUACAACCAGAUCUAUGUAGAAGGAGCCUCCAUCAAUAUAAACUGUGUAACCAACGGCGAUAUCGAUGCUAUGGACUGCAGUUGGAAGAACACACAGUUGACUAAUCCUAAAUUCAGGUCAAGGUGGGCCGACCUGCCAUGCGAUGUGAUGGAGGAGAGGGAAACAGCUGGAGAGAAAGUGGGGGAGAUGGGGCCGGCUUGCCCGCAGGUUCAAUCCAAGCGAGAAACCUGCACCAUCCAGCCUCUGAGGAUGAACUGCUACAUGCUGUGGCUGGAGGUGCCGACCCGGCUGGGCCCCAUCAGGACUAAACCCACCUACCUGACUCCCAUAGAUCAUGUAAAACCCCAUAUGCCCACUAAUGUGAGGGCAGUGAGCCGAAGCAGUGGGGUCCUGAUGGUCACGUGGGAGCCUCCGUCUCUGCCAGCCGAGGGGCUCCAGUGUCAGAUUUGCUACCACUCGACCUCCGCUGUCAGAGCCCAGCCGGAGUGGAAGAUCCAGAGUCCAGUGCGGGUUUCGUGGAUGGAGGUGGCAGUGUCGGACAUGUGCCGGGUGUAUAUGGUACAAGUACGCUGCAUGCACACCAACGGCACCGGCUAUUGGAGCGAAUGGAGCAAUGCGGUCUACUCCAUGCCUCAGAACAGCAGAGCUCCAGAGCGUGGCCCUGAUUUCUGGAGAGUCUUUCAAGAUGAGCCAUACCGAAACCAGACUAAUGUAACUCUGCUAUUUGAGCAACUCCAAAUAUCAGGGCACUCUUAUUGCGUGGAUGGAUUUAUAGUCCAGUACCAGGCGUCGACUGGCUUUGUGAUCAGGCAGCAGAUCGACAUGGCGUCCUCCUACAGCUUCCAGUGGGACAAAGAGCCCCAAACUGUGACUGUGGAGGCCUUCAAUAAUCUGGGGAGCUCCACUAACAACAUCAACAUGACACUGGAAAGACAACCCAAACGCCGCUUUGUGCGUUCAUUCAGUGUGUUGGUUAUCAACAGCACCUGUGUGUCUCUGUCCUGGAGUCUGUUGGACGACAGCUCUGUCCCUCUGUUCAUGGUGGUGCAGUGGUCUCCACAGAGGCAACCGGUAUCGGAUCAUCACAAGGGCCGGGCUGGGGAAACGUGGGCCAGACUGCCAUACACAGACAGCCCCAUCUAUCUGAGAGGUGAUUUCUUCGGCUCUGAGCAGUCAGGCUUCUACUUGUACCCAGUGUUUGCUGAUGUAGAGGGGGAGCCGAUGUACGCUAUAGCCACCAGACGAGACCCUGCAGCCUACAUUAUGCUGAUGAUCAUCUCCUUCCUCUCCAUCGUCCUGUUUGUCACCCUGAUCCUCUCCCAGAACCAGAUGAAAAGGUUUGUGUGGAAGGAUGUUCCCAACCCAAACAAAUGCUCCUGGGCCAGAGGACUAGACUUCAACAAGACCGACACCUUUGACCACUUGUUCCAACUUCCAGAGAGCCUGGCAGCCUGGCAGCUGCUCCUUCCAUCUGAGAAUAUUUCCAAAGUCGCCAUAGUUGACAAGAUCAAUCUCUCACGUGUGUCCCUAACACCCGACCCAGCCACUGUGUUAUCUCUCUCCCGUCCUCCAGGGUCUGACUCGGAGGUCAACCAAGCCCAGGCCAUGGAGAGUGAGAGGCUCUUUGGUGGAGCUCCUUCUAUAGUGCUUAAUCUGGAUGCCUUAGUCAGUUCAAGCCCAAGAUUAGAUCAAUUACAGCUCGACGAUCUACAAGCAGACCAGCCCCCGGGCCUCAAUGACAGCUCUGCUCAGUCUUCAGUCACAUAUGCCACUGUGCUGCUCUCUGAUCUGAAGCAGGAGCAGCAGCAUAUUCAUCUCCACGACAAGAGUGGUAGCGGCAACAGCUCCAGCGAUGAGGGCAAUUUCUCUGCCAACAACUCAGACAUUUCUGAUUCUUUCCGCGGCGGCCUGUGGGCGCUGGACAGCUGCCGAGGUGGAGAGAUGGACGACCCGCGGCGCUUCUGCUCCUAUAACUCUGUGGAGGAGCUUUCUGAAACAUCAGAGCAAGAAGGUGAAGAAGAGGGGGUGAGAGAAGAGAAAGACAUGUACUAUCUAGAAAUGGACUAUCCAGCAGAGGAUGAGGAAAGCGAGGAAGAUGAGGUGCAGAGAGAAGAAGAGACAAACAUUAAGCUGCUCAACAAUGUAGUUUUGAACGGAGAGGACUGUUCUGUGGAGUCACACCCUUUGCUCGGCCCUGAGGAGUCGAGCGAGCUGCUGUCAGCGACAACGCAGGGCUUUUCUCCGCUUUACCUCCCUCAGUUCAGAACUGCUUCGUGUACGAGGCAACUCAAAGCUCAACUACAAGAUGACAAACCCCUCACACAGACUGGAUUUAAAUGAAAAUUUGCAUCUUUAAAUCAGUUGUGUCAUUGAAAGCCUCAUGAUUCAGCAUUUACCAAAGCGGGUUUGCACAUGUUCCUUCAGAGACAUACCAUACCACGACCAAUGUGUGAUUGCAAAUUGAACAUUCAUCAAUGCUGCUAUUUUGUUCUGUGGGAGAAGACGUCACAAUCCUCAUUCAUAGACAUUUCUUUCUUUAAAAGCCAGAUUCUACUGUGCUACACUGCUCUUCUGCACUCGGUAAGUGAUGCUGUGAAAUCUGGACCCUUUCAAUGGAUGUUAGGCAAGUGGAGUAAUGGACAGUCCUCACAGAGAGACAGCAUGCAGUCUGUACAAGCAGUGCAUUGGUGAGGAAGUGAGUAACAGAGGUGGUAGGCAACUUGUGGCUUCAAAAUACUGUAUAUACAUGCAUACACACAGCAUAUUGCAUGCUAGUGGUCAUACCUUUGAUGCAUUAAAAAAAGAUGUGGGAAGUCUGUGUGUGCCUACAUUCACUCAUCUGCUGCCACCGUAAAGUAGAAACAAGUGGUCUUUCAUUCUCUGCUGAGAUAUUUUGGCUUUAUUUCAAGUGAAACAUGGAAAAGGUUUAAAGAGAAUAAAAAAACGCACAGAUAGUGAGAGAGAAAAGGUUUGUGGUCUGCUCAGUUUUGGUUUCCUCAAAGCAUAUUUGGACUGUGAAGGUAAGGCAAACCUUGGAUGUCACAUCAAAGCUAUUCGUGUGACUAACUAUAAUGCAAGUUAAUGAUGAAAACAGAUGUAGUAUGUGUGUAAUUGCAGGUGAUUUUUGGACACAGACUUUAUUGCAUUUGUAAUCAGCUUGCACAACACCUGCAUGCACUAACUCAGCCACCAACCCAAAUAAUGUAUUUUUGUACUUUGUGCUGUAACGUAUUUAAAAUGUUGAUAUAGUUUGUGAGAUAUGUAUCAAUUUGUUCUGUGUUUGGCCAUGUAAAAAAAAAGACAAAAGAAUGUAUCUUUAAAACAAGAAGACAGAAAUUAAAAGUAAUGAAAAUAUUGCUUGACAGAAAUUGUUAUUCUAUAUUGAGAGAUUCAUUCUACUUUUCAUGGUUAAAAUAAAGUGUUUAUUGUGAA